CAAAAUAAUUAAUCAGCGCCUGACGAAACAACUCCUCCAUCUUUGUAAACUCCGCCAUCACUCUGCGGACCUCCCGAAGCUCUCUCGUUCUCCACUCACCCCACUAUUAUAAUCAUAAUAUAUAUCUGCGCUUCCCUUCCCUUCCCCAAAUUAUUCUCAUUUCGCUCGCUCUCCACAAUGAACUCUGCCAUUUCUCUCUCGCUUUCAUCGACGAUUUCCUCCCGAUCCGCAUUCGCCAACCCCGCCGGUAAUGCGUCUCUUCCAACGCCUCGCUCGAUGCGAUUCUGCGGCCUUCGGAGAGAGGCGUUUGAUCCGACGCCGUCGUGCUAUCUUGCGUCCUUGCGUCCUUCUCGCCCCAAUUUGUGUUCGAGGCGCUCGGAUUUGAGCACUAUCUUCGCCGCGCUGAAAGGCAAUGGCUCACCCUCGGCCAGUGGAUUCGAUUACGAUCUCGUAAUUAUCGGAGCAGGCGUCGGCGGCCAUGGCGCUGCGCUUCAUGCCGUUGAGAGGGGAUUGAAAACUGCAAUUGUAGAAGGGGAUAUCAUUGGAGGAACAUGUGUGAAUAGGGGAUGUGUUCCAUCUAAAGCGCUUCUGGCUGUCAGUGGACGCAUGCGAGAGCUUCAAAAUGAACACCAUAUGAAAUCAUUUGGUUUGCAGGUUGCUGCUGCUGGAUAUGACAGACAGGCAGUUGCAGAUCAUGCAAACAAUUUGGCUUCAAAGAUUAGGAGCAACUUGACCAAUUCAUUGAAAUCUCUUGGUGUUGAUAUAUUGACAGGUGUCGGUACAAUUUUGGGUCCACAGAAAUUGAAGUUCGGAAAAGGAGAUUCUGGAGACAAGAUCAUAACUGCAAAAGAUAUAAUAAUUGCUACUGGGUCUGUUCCAUUGGUGCCUAAGGGAAUUGAAGUUGAUGGUAAGACGGUAAUUACCAGCGACCAUGCCCUUAAAUUGGAAUCUGUUCCUCAUUGGAUUGCCAUUGUCGGAAGUGGUUACAUUGGUCUGGAAUUCAGCGAUGUAUACACUGCACUUGGAAGUGAGGUUACAUUUAUCGAGGCUCUAGAUCAACUGAUGCCAGGAUUUGAUCCUGAGAUUGGAAAAUUAGCACAGAGAGUCCUCAUCAAUCCUCGGAAGAUCGAUUCUUAUACUGGUGUAUUUGCUAGCAAGAUCACUCCGGCAAAGGAUGGAAAACCUGUACAGAUAGAGCUGAUUGAUGCUAAGACAAAGGAACACAAAGAUACUUUAGAGGUUGAUGCAGCUCUCAUUGCAACUGGAAGGGCUCCAUUCACUCAAGGGCUUGGCCUAGAAAAUAUUAAUGUACAGACACAACGUGGAUUUGUGCCUGUUGAUGAGCACAUGAGAGUGAUUGAUGCAAGUGGGCAGUUGGUUCCUCAUUUGUAUUGCAUUGGAGAUGCUAAUGGGAAAAUGAUGCUUGCCCAUGCAGCAAGUGCACAGGGCAUCUCUGUUGUUGAGCAAGUUUCUGGGAACAACCAUAUUCUGAAUCAUUUAAGCAUUCCAGCAGCAUGUUUUACCCAUCCAGAAAUUAGCAUGGUUGGAUUGACGGAGCCUCAAGCAAAGGAAAAGGCUGAGAAGGAAGGAUUCGAAAUAGGCAUUGCCAAGACAAGUUUCAAGGCCAAUACAAAAGCCCUUGCCGAAAAUGAAGGAGAAGGACUUGCUAAGUUGAUAUACAGACCCGACAAUGGUGAGAUCCUUGGAGUUCAUAUAUUUGGAAUGCAUGCGGCAGAUCUCAUACAUGAAGCCUCUAAUGCCAUAGCCAUGGGAACAUGCAUACAGGACAUCAAAUUUGCAGUGCAUGCGCAUCCAACAUUGUCUGAAGUGCUAGAUGAACUCUUUAAGUCUGCAAAGGUUAAAAUCAGCACUGGCUCUUCUAAUACAGCAGCAGCCCAGCCUGUAGCCGUCUAGUCUAGUCUAGUCUAAUUUAUGGAUUCCAUUGAUUCUGAAGGCUGCCAUGCGAGAGAGAAGAAACACCAGAAGGACAAGGUGACAUGCUAUUUAAACUUCCCGAACAGAAUGCUUGUUUCACUUCUCCAUUCAUCCAUGGAUCCGAUCUUUAUUGCAACAAUCAUAAUCAUCCGUGUGUUGUAGUAUGUAUGCAUGCAUUUAUUUGUCUCAGUUUUGUCAGCAAUCAAUCAAUAUGAUAACAGCAAUAAUGAUAAUAAUAUACGUAUGGCCUGCCCUCUCAA